AUGGACAGAGUGCAUAGUAAAUGUGCACACUCUAAACAUGUUGGGAUACUAGACACAAUUGAAAUCGGAAGGGGCGGGUGGAUAUGGAUACUUAUCAGUCUCCUGGUCUUAAACUACCAGAUUUGGAUGAACAACACGCUUUACACGAUUCUUUGCAUGGUUGCUGAUGAGUCAAUGAAAUGCCUGAAAAGGUACUCUAUUUUGACGUUCUUUCUUUUGAAUGUCACUCGUUGGAUCAUUUUGUACUUUGUAUCAGAGCAGCUAAGCUCAGUCAUUGUGUACGGCGUUAUUUCUCUGUGCAUUGGCAUGGAGUCGAUUAUGGGAAUUUCCGGCGCAAGCGGAUUUAUUGGAGUUAUCAUGCGCUACUUAAGCGUAAUGCAGCUGAUGAAGGGGAUUUCGUACAUACUUGCGCGGCGGGAGGUCGCCAUACUAGGAAUGGACGACGAGCUGAUUGAAAAGCCCAAAGAGGAAAUAUCGCUUCUUCGCUUUAUUCUAUUUCCCACCAUGUGCUACCAGCAGGAGUAUCCAGUGGCCGCUUCUGUUUCAAAGUACAUGGUAUGCAUGUAUCUCCUCAUGCUUCUUCCUCUCAUAUUAUUCACGUACUACUGCUUUAGCAUUAAGUGCUAUUUCUUUGGAAAUUGUUUCUGGAAAGAGCCAACAGUUGACACAUAUAUUAAGAUAUUUAUGUGGUGCAAUUUGGGAUGGAUAUCGGGGUUUAUCAUGGUGUUUAUUGUAUUUUUUGGGCUCUUGAGUGAAAUCACGCGAUUCAACGACCGUUCAUUCUUUGAGGCAUGGUGGAACGCCUCGGUAUCGAACUACUGGAGAAAGUGGAACUCGCAGGUGCACAGAUGGAUAAAGAGACAUGUGCACAGAGCACUAAUCAAGAAGAACAUAACAGUAAGAAGCAGCAGAAUAACUAUUUUCCUGGUAAGCGGGCUGGUGCAUGAAUACAUCAUUGGAGACGUACUUAAAUACCGAGGAAUUGGGUUCUUGUCCAUGGCAUCGCAGGUGCCACUUGACUCCUUUAUUAAACUUGGGAAUAACUGGGUCAAGCUGAACCAGGAAAUUGCAGUUACAUUUGCCUUUAAUUUUAUUGGGGCGCCUGCCUUGGUGCUGGUUUCUGUAAUGCCCAGAGACUUCUUUAGCCUUAAAAUGAAGUAA